CUGCGCCCUUGGUCGAAUAAGCAUGGCCAUUUUGUAAUACCAAGAUUACACAUUUUUGGACAUAUUUUACGUCGGCACGGAUAUUCUUUGUAUAGAUUACAUUACCUGUAACACAGAUAGUGGAUAUGGAAAAAAACAGCACAACUAACAAAUCUGUAAAUUCAAGAAAGUCUGAUGGAAAGAAAAACAAGUCAUCACCUGGUCUCUGUGAUUUUGAUGAUUACAACGUGGGAGGAAUUUCCAGUUGUAUAGAAAAAAAAAAUUCACAUAGAAAGAUGAAACCUGAGAAAAAGGUGAAGUUAAGCCAAUUAUUUGGACAACCCUCACAGUUUUCGACAGCACAGAUGGUUUCACCAUUGAGGCAACUCACAACACAAGAAGAUAGAAAUCCACACCAUGAGAUGAUUGAUGAUAAACAAGACAAAAAUUCCAAAACAAAGAAGAAAACUAUGAAAGUGGAACAAACUAAGAAGAUUGAACACUUCAAUGCCAAGAAAAUACACAGUGAGAUUUUAUUUAAAAGGGAAGAAGGACUCCGUAAUGCAGAUCAAGAUGUCCCUCAGAAGAAGAAGAAAAAAAGAAACCUGGAUGAAAGUGAUGAUCCAAAUAUCCAAUUUAAAAAACGAAAAAAAGAGAAAUUACCUGCAAAUCCAGAGAUAGAGAAAAGAACAGUAUUUAUUGGUAAUCUGCCUGUGGAUAUUAGUAAAAAAGAAUUAACAAAACUAUUCAAGAAGUAUGGUGAUAUCGAAUCUGUAAGGUUAAGAUCAGCGGCACCGAGUACACUGGCACUUCCCAAGAAAGUUGUAAUGAUAAAGGAGGAUUUUCAUCCAGAUCGUAAAAACUUGAAUGCCUAUGUUGUGUACAAAGAAGAAAUUUCAGCACUUAAAUCAUUAAAAAAAAAUGGUAAAGUUGUGAGAGGUCACCAUAUACGAGUUGAUGUGUCAUCAAAUGCAAGCAAGCAUGAUCACCAGAGAUCAGUGUUUAUUGGUAAUCUGCCUUACAAAAUUGAUGAAGAAAUUGUUAGACAACAUUUCAUGCAAUGCGGUAAUGUGAUAUCGGUACGACUGGUCAGAGAUGGUAAAACUGGUAUUGGUAAAGGAUUUGGUUAUGUUUUGUUUAAGGACAUAAGUAGUGUGGAAUUUGCUCUCAAGUUCAAUGAUAAACCACUUUUUGGAAGAAAAGUGAGAAUCAAGAGGUCGUUCGAGAAAGAAAAAAAUAAACCAGGUAAUAUAACUGGUGGUAAGCGCUCAACACAACAGUCUAACAAAAUCACUGGUGUCAAACUCAGGUUACUACAGGCAGAACAAAGAAAGUCUGGAAAAAUUAUUGGGGGCAAACACAGGAUACAGCAGACUGAUCAGAGCAAUCAAAGACAUGAACAGCAGACUGAUCAGAGCAAUCAAAGACAUGAACAGCAGACUGGAAGAAAACCAGUCUACAAAGGAGCAAAGGCCAAACAAAGAAAACCCAAGAAAACUAAAAAGAAAUUGAAAAGACAAUAAUUUUAUUUUUGUUGAACAUAUUAUUCAUUUAAUAAAAUUGACAUAAUUCUAUA